AUGAUCCAAGCCGCUCAUGUCGGUGUUGGUAUCAGUGGUGUCGAAGGUCUUCAAGCCGCCCGAUCUGCUGAUGUAGCAAUUGGGCAGUUCCGAUUCCUUCGGAAGCUUCUUUUGGUUCACGGGGCGUGGAGUUAUUCUCGCAUCAGUCGAGUUAUCCUAUACUCCUACUACAAGAACAUCACGCUGUACAUGACCCAAUUCUGGUACUCCUUCCAAAACGCCUUCUCCGGUGAAGUCAUUUACGAGUCUUGGACACUCUCCUUCUAUAACGUGCUAUUCACUGUCUUGCCUCCGUUCGCGAUGGGAAUCUUUGAUCAGUACAUCUCCGCUCGAUUGCUUGACCGUUACCCGCAGCUCUAUCAACUAGGCCAGAAGGGUGUCUUCUUCAAGAAGCACAGUUUCUGGGCCUGGAUCUUGAACGGAUUCUUCCAUUCUCUCAUCCUCUACAUCGUUUCCCAGCUGAUCUUCUUCUGGGAUCUCCCUAUGGCCGACGGUAAAGUUGCCGGUCAUUGGGUCUGGGGCGAAGCACUUUAUACCGCCGUGCUCGCCACGGUCCUGGGCAAAGCCGCUCUGAUCACCAACAUCUGGACAAAGUACACCUUCAUCGCCAUUCCAGGCUCAAUGCUCCUCUGGCUUGUUUUCCUACCGGCGUACGGUUACGCCGCCCCGGCCAUCGGGUUCUCUCGCGAAUACUACGGCACUAUCCCUGUCCUCUUCAAAUCUCCCAUUUUCUACUUGAUGGCCGUCGUCCUGCCCUGUAUCUGUCUUAUGCGUGACUACGCAUGGAAGUACGCCAAGCGCAUGUACUACCCACAACAUUACCACCACGUCCAAGAGAUCCAGAAGUACAACGUGCAAGAUUAUCGCCCUCGGAUGGAGCAGUUCCAAAAGGCCAUCCGGAAGGUCCGGCAGGUCCAGCGCAUGCGCAAGCAGCGUGGCUACGCCUUCUCCCAGGCCGACGAUGGCGGCCAAAUGCGUGUUCUCAACGCUUACGAUACUACUCGGAGCCGCGGCCGGUAUGGUGAGAUGGCUAGUUCGAGACCUAUGGCGUGA